AUGUAUGGCAAAACCUUGAUUUUCCCCUUUUUGGCAAUAGUUUUUUUCAUCACACAAACAGCUACAGCUGCGAAAGAGUCCUCUAGGCCAGCCUACACAAAUUUCAUCAAAACCAAAUGCAACAUCACCACAAACCCUUCACUUUGUGUGAAAACAUUAUUGCCCUAUGCUUCUACAGUGAAAACCAACCCCAGAAUACUUUGCAAAGAAGCCCUUAAAGUAGCCAUAAAAGGCGCACGCAGCGCUUCUCUCAUUUUCUGGAAUCUGAAAAAACAGGAGGGAAUUUCCCAAUAUGAAGCCGGGGCUAUUAGAGACUGCGUAGAAGCUGUGAAGACUUCAGUGCACGAACUCAAGCAGACUGUUAACACAAUAGGACAUCUAAGUGGUGCUGAAGAUAAAGAAUCUCAGUUGCAUAACGCUAUAUCGUACGCAAGUUCUGCAUUAACAAAUGCAGAAACAUGCAUCGAUGGGUUCUCCGAAUCAGAGGAAAAGGUAAAUCCAGACGUGAAGAAGGUGAUAGAUAAAAGCAUCACUGUUAUUAAAACGCUUGCCAGCAAUGCGUUGUCACUCAUUAGCGAUCUUUAA